AUGGGCGAGUACGAGGUCGAUAAGGCGGGUCACUCCCGGCCGGUGCCGCCGGUCCGGUUGGAGAGCCUGGAGACGAAGGUGCAGGACAUGCGUAUUGGACAAGAUGAGGUGCGGGGAGCAAUCUGGGUUCGUCCCUUUAAGACAGAAGUCUGCGUGCGGAUGUCUCCGUACAUUUGCCGCGCGCUUCAGUUCAUCAUGUCACUGAUGGAGGACACCGCCACUGAAAGCACUGCCUCCCUGGGAGAGGUCAACGACUCCAUUCGUGAGCUGCGCAUCGUUGUUGAUGGCGAGUUAAAACGCCACAGGGAACUUCUGCUGGAUCUAAGUUUGCAGGUGACACGGAUGUCAGAGUCUGGAAAAAGCUUCUUCCGGCAGUCAUCGGUCGACAGCCCUGUCCUCUCAGCGAUGACGCUGUCCGCGGAUUUUGCCCAGGCCGGCCGUUUCCAGAAGCCUGACUUAUCAAGCUCCUUUGGCUCCAGAGGACUACUCGCUCCCCCGACGCUGAGACGCAACAGCCACACCAGCCACCCACCAGGCGUGACUGGCGAAAGGAGCCGAAAUGCCCCCGACGAGCUGCCUGAGAUGUCUGGGAGAGCGGCGCGGCAUUCUGUACACUGCGACCUCGAGGCCAUGAAGGCGAAGGCCAAAAGCACGUUCUCCAACCAGACGUCGUCCCACAUGAAGGGAAGCCGGCGUGCAGCUAGGAUCGUCUCGUCCAAGUUCUUUUCCACGCUGGUCGCCGCCUUGAUAUUCCUGAAUCUGGUGCUGCUGGGGGCGGAGGUGGACGCUUCUGCUAACCUUCCCGUGGAAGAGCAGCUGCAAAGUUUCUACGUCCUCAACAUCAUCCUCGUGGCAAUUUUCGUUGCCGAGGUGGUUCUGAAGAUUUGCGCAUACACGUGCAGAGGAUUCCUCAUGGGGCCCGAGAAGCUUUGGAAUGUUUUCGACUUCCUGAUUGUGCUUCUCAGCGUGCUCGAGAUCAUUGUUGACUUGCUUGCCCAAGCUCUGGCAGAAUGGAAAGUUGUGGAGAUCAGCAGCUUGCGCAUCAUGCGCUUUGCGCGACUGGUGCGGGCAUUGCGAGGAAUUCGCGUCAUUCGAGUCAUCCGCUACAUCUCCGGCUUGCGGACCAUCUUGUUCUCCAUCGCGAGCACAAUGAGCUCUGUGCUUUGGACGAUGGUGCUGCUGUUGAUGAUCUUCUUCUGCUUCGGAGUGUUGAUAGCGCAGAUAUCGACGGACUACUGCCGUCAGUUCAUCAACUCGGACUCGACCUGCGCGCCGCAGCUUCUCCGGUUCUGGCCCUCCGUCAUGGAAUCCAUGCUGACUCUCUUCCUCUCCAUCACAGGAGGUUGCUGGAGGCACGACAAGGAUGCCCUGCAGACGGAGAACAUGGCCAAUUUCAUGCAGUCUUUGGACAUCUCUACUCAAGACGUUUGGACGCUCUUUACGGUCAUCGAUGCGGAUGGCAGCGGUGAGAUCUCCCUGGAUGAGUUUGUGUUUGGUUGCAUGCAAGUGCAGGGGCCGGCCAAAGGUGUGCAGAUGGCACGCUUGCAGCACGAGACGACCAUCGUCCGCAACAAAAUAAAGUCUCUGCGCCGCGACGUUGAGAGGCUGAAGACGGAGAUGAGCUUGGCAGCGAGCAAGGAUACUUCGAGCCUGGAGCGUGCGGAGACCGUGCAUCACGAAAACCUCUGA